AUGUCCAUUACACUGGAGGUCAAUGGGAAGAAUGUCCCUUACACUGGAGGUCAAUGGGAAGAAUGUCCCUUACACUGGAGGUCAUGGGACAGAAUGUCCCUUACACUGGAGGUCAAUGGGAAGAAUGUCCCUUACACUGGAGGACAAUGGGAAGAAUGUCCCUUACACUGGAAAACAAUGGGAAGAAUGUCCCUUACACUGGAGGUCAAUGGGAAGAAUGUCCCCUUACACUGGAGGUCAAUGGGAAGAAUGUCCCUUACACUGGAGGUCAAUGGGAAGAAUGUCCCUUACACUGGAGGUCAAUGGGAAGAAUGUCCAUUACACUGGAGGUCAAUGGGAAGAAUGUCCCUUACACUGGAGGUCAAUGGGUAGAAUGUCCCUUACACUGGAGGUCAAUGGGAAGAAUGUCCCUUACAUUGGAGGUCAAUGGGAAGAAUGUCCCUUACAUUGGAGGUCAAAGGGAAGAAUGUCCCUUACACUGGAGGUCAAUGGGAAGAAUGUCCCUUACACUGGAGGUCAAUGGGAAGAAUGUCCCUUACACUGGAGGUCAAUGGGACAGAAUGUCCCUUACACUGGAGGUCAAUGGGAAGAAUGUCCCUUACACUGGAGGUCAAUGGGAAGAAUGUCCCUUACACUGGAGGUCAAUGGGAAGAAUGUCCCUUACACUGGAGGUCAAUGGGAAGAAUGUCCCUUACACUGGAGGUCAAUGGGAAGAAUGUCCCUUACACUGGAGGUCAAUGGGAAGAAUGUCCAUUUACACUGGAGGUCAAUGGGAAGAAUGUCCCUUACACUGGAGGUCAAUGGGAAGAAUGUCCCUUACACUGGAGGUCAAUGGGAAGAAUGUCCCUUACACUGGAGGUCAAUGGGAAGAAUGUCCCUUACACUGGAGGUCAAUGGAAAGAAUGUCCCUUACACUGGAGGUCAAUGGGAAGAAUGUCCCUUACACUGGAGGUCAAUGGGAAGAAUGUCCCUUACA